CUCACAUUUGGUGUACUGCAAAAUAUUGAGGCCCAUAUCUCUUUAAUCGGGUACACGCCGGUCUGGUCCUCACUAUUUCCAGAUGGAUUUAACCGGGCGACACAUCAAUACGACGCAGCCAACUAUCAAGUAUUGUUUUUCUACAAUAUAGCGCUUAGAUAGCCAGUUCAGGCCAACAGUACAGUAUAGUUUUAAACGACGAAGUGUAAAAGCCACUGGAGACGAUUUCAAGAAAAACUAUCGCCUUUUUGAAUGCGACUGACUUUGACUGGAUAAAGUGUCGAGGACAACUGUGGACACUGUGAUUUUACGCGUAACUAUGUAACGGAUUAAGAAAAAUCAAGUUGGUCAAUUUGUGGGUCCGAGAAGGGAAAUGACCGUGUUUUGAUGAUAAUAGGCUCUAUAUAUCAGGUUGUGAUUUAGGAUACAUUUCUGGCGGAAGAAGCUCUGUACUGUAUUUCGAUACUGUAAGUUGUGCGGUUGUCCCGGUCGGGCGCGGAGAGAGAGAGAUGUCAGCCCGCAGGAGCAGCAGCUGUUGUCGGUCACUCAGGACGAUUUUCCUCCUGCUGUUUGUCAACAUUGCCGGAGCGGCUGCUGAAGAUGAUGAAUUCAACGCUGAGUCCUGGCUGAGGACCUAUGGCUACCUGUCCCAGGCGAGCCGACAGAUGUCCACCAUGCAGUCAGCGCAGAUCCUUUCUAGUGCUAUAAAAGAUAUGCAACGCUUCUAUGGCUUGGAGGUUACCGGACUAAUGGACAUGGCUACUCUGAAAGCCAUGCGAAGACCUCGCUGUGGGGUGCCUGAUCGUUUUGAGGAGUCAACUGAAGGAGUCUCGCGACGCAAACGUUUUGCCCUUACUGGCCACAAGUGGGACCAGGAAAAGCUCACUUACAGUAUCCAGAACCACUCACCAAAGGUUGGCCAGGAGCAGACAUACGAGGCUAUUCGCAGAGCCUUUCAGGUUUGGCAGGAGGUUACACCUCUGCGGUUUGAGGAGGUCCCGUACCACGAGAUAAAAAAUGGAAGUGAAGGACCUGACAUAAUACUGCUGUUCGCUUCUGGAUAUCACGGUGAUAUGUCUCUAUUCGAUGGGGAAGGAGGUUCUCUGGCACAUGCUUUUUUCCCUGGUCCCGGAAUGGGGGGAGACACACAUUUCGACAUAGACGAACCAUGGACCCUAAACCAACGGGAGGGCUCAGGAGUUGACUUAUUUCUUGUCGCGGUUCAUGAGUUGGGUCACGCGCUGGGGUUGGAGCACUCCAAUGACCCCUCCGCCAUCAUGGCGCCGUUCUACCAGUGGAUGGACACUAAACGCUUCUCAUUGGCUGAGGAUGACAUCAAAGGCAUUCACCAGAUUUAUGGGCCUCCAGAGAUCAUCACCACUCAAGCAAUGACCACCACAGCCCUGCCUGCAACCACUCCUAAUCCAGAUCCCACCACCACGGUGGCCCAUCCGAGAACAACUAGGCCUUCGCUGCGACCCACCAAACCUUGGGUGCCUCCGGUUAAUCCCACCAGGAGGACCUACAGACCCCGGCCGACGCAGCAAUCAGAUCAGGAUCCACCUGACAUCUGCGAGGGGGGCUUUGACACGGUCACCAUGCUUAGAGGAGAGAUGUUUGUCUUCAAGGGUCGGUGGUUCUGGAGGGUUAGGCGAAACCGCGUUUUGGAUAAUUAUCCAAUGCCUAUCUCCUUCUUCUGGAUGGGGCUUCCUGAGGACAUAGAUGCUGCAUAUGAACGUCACGAUGGGAAAUUUGUAUUCUUUAAAGGAAGUAAAUACUGGCUUUUUCGAGAAGCGGACGUGGAGCCUGGAUACCCUCAGGACUUGUUUCGUUAUGGUCAGGGAAUGCCUGACAGAGUGGACACGGCUGUGUGGUGGGAACCAUCUGGAUUUACCUACUUCUUUAAAGGAGACAGAUAUUGGCGGUUUAAUGAAGAAUCCCGUGCCGUGGAUAAAGAGUACCCUAAACCAGUGAGCGUUUGGGGGGCUGUCCCUGGCUCCCCAAAGGGGGUUUUUCUUAGCGAUGAUGGAGUGUUCACUUACUUCUACAAAGACACUAAAUACUGGAGAUUUGACAACAGGCGAAUGAAAGUAGAUGCUGGAUAUCCCAGAUCUAUCUUGAACGAUUUCAUGGGCUGCCGAGUGCACUUUGAUGCAGAAACAGAAGUAAAGCCUGACCAAAGGCAGCCAGAGACUACAAACAACGAUCAAGAUGACUCCAAAAAUAAUGUGGAUGUUGUUGAGGACCGUGAUGGAAGUGACGACGAUGAUGAUGAUGAGAAAAAGGUAGACGUUGUUCUGAGGGUGAAUGAGACAGAUGAGCACAUCAUGACACUCAUCCUGGUGACCGUGCCGCUAGUGCUGGUGCUAUGCAUUCUGGGAGUUAUCUAUGUCAUCAUCACAACGCUUCAGAAGAAAGAGACACCUAAAAUGUUCGUUCACUGCAAAAGAUCCCUGCAGCAAUGGGUCUGAUGGAUAGACUAACACACAUUUGCUCUGUUUCAGAACGUAGUGAGCUGCCUAUAGAGACGGCAAAUAUAAAUGCCACGUUGCUUUUAAAGAUUUAUUUGCCCAAAACUAAAGCACUUGUGAGGUUAUGGUGUAGACUUAAACUAACUUAAAUGUAGAUCCCUAUGAAGGCAGCAUACAGCAAGGUCACUACUAGUCUUUGAAAACAGAGCUACUUUCACUGCCCUAUAGAUGAUAAGUAUGCACAUAUGCUUUUUAUAAGAGAUACACCUUGUUUGUUCUUUUAUGGUGCUUGUCCAAUCAAACCUUUUAAAAUUUUGCACUUUUUUAUGGUCAUUUCAUGUUGUGGUUCUUCUCUGUGUGUGUGAUACGUUGUGUGUUUUCCUGUUGAGCCCGGACGUUUUUGGAUGUAUGAAAAAGCUUAGAUCAGGAAAUUCUUUUCUUGUCCUCUGUAAAUAACGGAGGAAACCACAAACUCUGCUUCAAGGUCUCGCAGACAGCAGAGGGUUAAACGAAAGCGAUGUUUAAUAAAUUGCCUCGCACACAUUUAAGAGGGUUUAUGAUCUGUUCCCCGUGGAGCCCGGCCUGGCUUGCAUUACACAGAUGUUGCUGAUUUUGGACUUUAUGUAGAGGAGGAAUAAGAGGGGGAUGGAGGCUUGAGCCAGCCAGCAUUUCCUCUGCUUGAUUUCCAUCGAACGUGCCAAAGAGAAAAGAGGAGGAGGGGGGAUAAAACGAAGGCGUGACUUUACUGUCAUCGUGACCUACAUUCGUUUACCCCUCAUUCUUUCUCCCCCUUCAAAGAAAAGUUUCUUUUCCUAUGGGACUUCACUAUGGGUUUCUUCGCCCGGCUCCAAAACAUCUCCCCUAAACCUGAAGUCUUUGUUUAUGUCAUUCCAGGAUUCGGGAUUCUGUCCAUCUGUGCCUUAAUAGUGCAGAUUAUCACCGCUGAACAGUUUUGGAAAUGUCCUGCUUUGUUUUCACUGACCAUGAGCCUAAGGCAUUACCUUGCAGUUCCACAAAUGUUCAGAUACAGUUGCCUUACAAUUUUUUUUUUUCGGAAGUUUUACACGUUGCCUUUAUAGGAAUAGUUCACCCUUUGUUAUUAUGAUUGCAUUUUCCAUAAAAAGAAUUAUAGUCAGGUUUCGAAAGACAAGAAGGUAAAAUGCCAAGUUUCGAUUUUUGGUGAACUAUUUUUUUUACGUAUCUCAAACCUGUGUCUUUUGUAUUGUCAAUAUGAAUGUGUUUUUUUUUUGUUGUUGUUAAGGUGUUUUACUUAAUGUAGCCCUUGGGAGUUCAGAAACUCUCAUGACAAUUUUGUGUUUUACUUGAUUUUAGACAUUUUAUAUUAACAGUUGAGUAAAUCAUGCAGGGCAUGUAUUGCUUUUGUCCACCGAUAUUAUCUGGUAUGUAGCUUGCUCACAAUAAAAUACAGAUGCGUAUACAGA